CUGCCUGAUGGCCGUGUUAUAAAGGUGGGUGGUGAGCAGUUCGAAGCACCCGAGGCUCUUUUCCAACCUCAUUUAAUUAACCAUGAGGGGUAUGGAAUCGCUGAAAUGCUCUUUCACACAAUUCAAGCAGCUGACAUCGACACCCGGCCCGAGUUUUACAAGCAUAUUGUGCUAAGUGGAGGCAGUACAAUGUACCCUGGUUUACCAAGUCGCAUGGAGCGUGAGAUCAAGCAGCUCUUUCUACAGCAUGUGUUGAAUGGGGAAACCGAGCGCCUGUCGGUGAGUUUCCUCUUUUUCCUAUUUGCUAUCGAUUUCCCUUCCAUCGGAUUUUUACAUUAA